AUGCGCUCAACUCUGCCCUACAACCCCCGUCAACGUUUGACUCCCGCAGGCUCCGUCCUCGCACCUAUGACUCAGGAUGAAAUACAGCUCUACAAAAAUUAUCGUGGUAUUGGUGCCCAGCGUCUCAUGAACAAACGUAAAAGAGGGCCGAGCGGAGAGCCCGACGAUGUUCAAGAGCGUCCAGCCAAGAGACAUGCUCGCGAUGUGAAGAUGGUCGUCGAUCAUUACAACCUGCGACCGGAGGUUGGCGUAAAACAGCGCAAGGAGUCUCCCAUCAUCGGACUCAAGAAUUUCAACAACUGGGUCAAAUCGGUGCUUAUUACGCAAUUCGGUCAUCCAGCCCUCGCUGCUGCUGGUCAAGGCAAAAGACGUGGCAAAGUCCUCGAUAUGGGCUGUGGUAAAGGGGGUGACCUCAUCAAAUGGGGGAAGGCUCGGAUUCGAGAGAUGCUAGCUGUCGACAUCGCAAACGUGUCUGUCGAGCAAGCUCGACAACGAUGGGAAACUAUGCGCCCACCACGUUUCGACGCAUCGUUCGCUGCUUUGGAUUGUUAUACAGAACCACUUACAAAGGCGUUUACGCCGCAGCAGCUCGCACAGCCAUUUGACGUUGUAUCCAUGCAAUUUUGUAUGCAUUACGCGUUUGAAACAGCGCAGAAAGCUCGAUGUAUGCUCAAAAAUGCCAGCGAAUGGCUAAGACCUGGAGGGGUGUUUCUCGGGACAGUUCCAAAUGCCGACCAGCUCCUCGCGCGACUGGACCAACUCCCAUCUGACUCUGAGGAUCUCUCUUUUGGAAAUUCAGUGUACAAAAUCCGGUUUGAAGAACGGACCUCGCGACCAUUGUUUGGUCACCGAUACUACUUUUAUCUCCGCGACGCCGUUGAAAAUGUGCCGGAGUAUAUAGUCGAAUGGGACAAUUUUGUACAGAUGGCUGCGCAGUACGGACUGCAUCCCGUCUUCAAGAAGGAGUUCCAUGAAGUGUUCGAAGAAAACAGGGAGCAUGAAGAUUUCAAGUCGUUGAUGGUACGCAUGAAUGUGUGUGACGCGACCGGCGCCAGCUCGAUGGAUGAUGAAGAGUGGGAGGCAGUCAACAUCUAUAUCGCAUUCGCCUUUGAGAAAAGGUGA